UCACUCAUCCCGGCCGAACUCGGGGCCAUGAAGUGCCGAUCCGUGGCGUGUAUAUGGUCAGGCACGCCUCCGGUCCACCAAGUCACCGCCACCGCCACCCUCAACUACCCUCCCACUCUCUACACCGGCGGAUCGGAUGGCUCCAUCCUCUGGUGGAACCUCUCCAACUCCGAUUCUCACUCGGAAAUUAAACCAAUUGCUAUGUUGUGUGGUCAUGCCGCACCAAUAGCUGAUCUCGGCAUUUGUUGUCCUGCUGUAGUAUCCGGGGAACCAAAUACAGAUUAUUCAAGUAAUGUUGCUCUAAACUCUUUCUUUGAUCAUGAUGGUGCCUUAAUAAGUGCUUGCACUGACAGCAUGUUGUGCGUCUGGAGCAGAAGUAGUGGCCACUGCAGGUGUAGAAGAAAGCUGCCUCCUUGGGUGGGCAGCCCCUCCAUUAUUCGUACAUUGCCUUGGAAUCAAAGAUAUGCUUGUGUAGGCUGUUGUCUUAUUGAUGCUGCCCAGUUACCUGACCAUCAUUUGAUGGAAUCUGCUGAAGGGGUUGAGAUUUCAGUGGAUAAAGAAUCUCAAAACAGGAAGCGUCCUAAGUGUACUGUUGUUAUUGUUGAUACGUACACUCUCACCAUUGUACAGACUGUUUUUCAUGGGAAUUUGUCCAUUGGGCCUUUGAGGUUUAUGGAUGUUGUUUCUUCAGUUGAUGGAGAAAAACAUUUUUCACUCAUGGCUGACUCCUUUGGUAAGCUACAAUUGGUUCCUUUAUUAAAGGACUCUCAUCAAGGUGGCCAGGAUGAAACUGGGUUGCAGAGAAAUUCUUCUCAGCAGGAAAUAGAGACAUGGGAAGAGGACUUUGUUGAGGCUGGACAAGUUGUGUCAAUUGCAACGUGUAGGAAUAUUGUUGCUACUGUAUUAAAAGAUCGAUCUAUAUUUAGGCAGUUGGGCAGUGCUAUUACAAUAGGAGUGAUUUUUUUCAUGAACAAUGUCCUUUGCAUUGAAGGCGAUUAUGGUCAAUCACAUGUAGCGGGGGGUAAGUUUCUUGAAAAUAACAGUUCUGGGAAUGCAGAAAUAAUUGGUGAAGCCCAUGAAUAUGAAAAUUUUUUAGUGUGGAGUAAUACAGGAUCUGCAGUUGUGUAUGCAAUAUCAUAUUUAAAUAACACAUUUAAUUCUGAGCCUCUUUGUGAAAUCCCUGCUGCUUAUUACUCCCUUGAUGCGAGGUUGUCAUUUUCUUUUGUCCAGUUGAGCCAAAUUCUUCUUCGCAUUGAAUCAGUUUGCUUCAAUGUUGAAGAUCCAUUUCAGUGGAGACCACGUGUUACAUUCUGGUCACUUCAUCAGAAACUUGAUGAUCAUGGCAAGCUCUUUCACGUAUGCAGAAUGCUUGGAGAAGGCAUUUCUUUUCUUGGAUGGACUUCAGAUGAGUCUUUGGGUGGAUGCAAGAUCAAAUUAACAUCUAUUCAAAGCUCUGUUUCUUUGUCAGAAACUAUGAAUAGAAUACACGCAGAUGAUAGUUGUUAUUCCGCCCCUAAGGGACAAAUUGUAUCUUCUUCCAUGGUUAUUUCUGAAAAUCUUUAUGCUCCUUCUGCGAUUGUAUAUGGCUUCUUUAGCGGUGAAAUUCAAGUUGUUUGGUUUAAUUUGUUUCGGGCGCUUGAUUCUCCUGCUGGAAGUCCACGCAUUGAAGUAGACUCUCAUAUAUCCAAACAAAUAUUUGCAGGGCACACUGGUGCUAUACUAUGUCUGGCAGCACAUCGGAUGGUGGGUGCUGCAAAAGGAUGGAGUUUUAGUCAGGUUUUAGUUUCUGGAAGCAUGGAUUGCACAAUUCAUAUAUGGGAUCUUGAUUCUGGUAAUCUCAUUACAGUGAUGCACCAACAUGUUGGUCCAGUGCGCCAAAUUAUUCUCCCCCCUACUCGAACUGAACGCCCUUGGAGCGAUUGCUUUCUCUCUGUUGGAGAGGACUCUUGUAUUGCUCUUACUUCUCUUGAAACUCUAAGGGUAGAGAGAAUGUUUCCUGGACAUCCUAACUAUCCUGCAAAAGUUGUUUGGGAUGGUGCGAGAGGUUAUAUUGCAUCUCUCUGCCAGCACCAUUCCAGAAUUUCUGAUAUCACUGAUGUUCUCUACAUAUGGGAUGUGAAGACUGGUGCUAGAGAGAGGGUUCUUCGUGGGACUGCUUCUCAUUCGAUGUUUGAUCAUUUCUGCCAAGAAAUUAGUAUGACUUCCAUUUCUGGUUCUUUGCUUUGUGGAAAUACCUCAGUUUCCUCAUUACUUCUUCCAAUACAUGAAGAUGGGAGCUUAUCUCAAUAUAAUUUAAAUAAUUCUGAAAGUAGGGCCACUUUGUCAAAAAUGACUGGGUCUAGUUCUUCACUAGGAAAUAUUAAUAAAGUGAAUUCUGGAAAGGCAGUCCCAAUCACACCAUUUGUUUUUCAAACCAGAAAGCAACCCAUAAAAUGCUUUUGCCCAUAUCCUGGAAUUGCCACCCUGAGUUUUGAUCUUGCAGCAAUGCUUAAUCCUUGUCAGAAGCAUAAGCCUUUAGCAAAGGAUAGUGAUAAGCGAGAGAGUAGCUAUACCAAGCAGCAAGGAAGUGAGGUAUUUAGUCCCCAUCAUAUGAUUUCUGAUGAUGGCUUUAAUACUGAUUGGAGUUCAAAAGAUGCCAUAGAAGAGCAUGAAUGGAUAAGGUCGCUUGAAGAAUAUCUAGUUCGGUUUAGCUUGUCCUUUUUGCAUCUAUGGGAUGUGGAUUGUGGGCUUGAUGAGUUAUUAAUUACUGACAUGAAGCUGAAGAGACCAAAUGAUUUUAUAGUAUCAUCUGGUUUGCAAGGUGAUAAAGGGUCCUUGACGCUGACAUUUCCUGAUUUUACUGCAACUCUUGAGCUUUGGAAAUCAUCAUCAGAGUUUUGUGCAAUGAGGUCACUGACAAUGGUUUCACUUGCCCAACACAUGAUUAGCCUGUCCCACUCGAGUUCAGCUGCCAGCAGUGCCUUAGCCGCAUUCUAUACUAGGAAUUUCGCAGACAAAUUUCCAGAUAUAAAGCCACCUUUACUACAGCUUUUAGUGAGCUUUUGGCAAGAUGAAAGUGAACAUGUACGAAUGGCUGCACGGUCUUUAUUUCACUGUGCUGCUUCACGAGCUAUUCCAGCUCCUCUGUAUAGUCAACAAGCAACUCAGCAUGCAAAAGUUCUGAGAUCUCUGACUGGAAUUGAAGAAAGUGAAAAUGAAAUUUCAAGAAAUGAAGGAACGUCUAUAGUUGGAUUGAAUUCUCAACGUUUGUUGGAAACACAGGGGACUUCUCAGGUUGAGGAAGCUAAACUGCUUGCAUGGCUAGAAUCUUAUGAAAUGCAAGACUGGAUUUCUUGUGUUGGGGGAACAAGUCAAGAUGCAAUGACGUCUCACAUCAUUGUUGCUGCAGCAUUGGUAAUAUGGUACCCUAGUCUCGUGAAGCCAAGUCUUGCCACAAUAGUUGUUCAACCACUGGUGAAGUUGGUUAUGGCAAUGAAUGAAAAAUAUAGCUCCACUGCAGCAGAGCUCCUUGCAGAAGGCAUGGAGAGUACAUGGAGGGCGUGCAUUGGCUCUGAGAUACCUCGUUUAAUUGGUGACAUAUUCUUUCAAAUUGAGUGUGUAAGUAGCCCAUCAGCCAACUCAGCUGGUCAAAAACCAGUUGUACCAGGUUCCAUCCGUGAGACCUUAGUUGGGACCCUUCUUCCAAGUCUAGCAAUGGCUGAUAUUCUAGGGUUUUUAACUGUAAUAGAAAGCCAAAUCUGGUCUACUGCAUCCGAUUCACCUGUCCACCUGGUAUCUCUCACGACUCUGAUCAGGGUUGUGCAUGGUUCUUCAAGAAACUUGGUUCAGUACCUUGAUAAGGUGGUUAACUUCAUCCUGCAAACUAUGGACCCUGGCAACUCAGUCAUGCGCAAAACUUGCCUUCAACGUUCAAUGACAGCAUUGAAAGAAGUUAUACGUGUAUUUCCUAUGGUAGCCAUGAAUGAAAGCUCAACCAAAUUGGCUUUUGGUGAUGCCAUUGCGGAGAUUAACAGUGCUAGCAUUCGGGUGUAUGACAUGCAAAGCGUGACAAGAAUCAAAGUUUUGGAUGCAAGUGGACCUCCUGGACUGCCAAGUCUGCUUUUAGGAGCACCAGAAACGUCAGUGACUACUGUGAUAUCAGCUCUGAGCUUUUCUCCAGAUGGAGAGGGGUUGGUAGCUUUCUCUGAACAUGGGCUGAUGAUCAGAUGGUGGUCCCUGGGAUCUGUGUGGUGGGAGAAGCUGAGCCGGAAUCUUGCUCCUGUUCAUUGCACCAAAGUGAUAUUCAUUCCUCCAGGAGAGGGAUUCUCGCCCGACACUUCAAGAUCUAGCAUAAUGGGAAGCAUAUUGGGACAUGAUGGGGAGGCCGAUUCACAGGAGACUGCUAGGACUUUGUGUUAUGCAGACAGAUUAAAACUGUUGAUUCACAACCUUGACCUUUCUUACCGGCUCGAAUGGAUUGGUGAACGUAAAGUACUGCUUACAAGACAUGGCCUUGAGAUAGGCAGUUUCCCAUUAUAAUCAUGCUGGCAACUGCAAGAAAUACUUUUCCUUGAAAAUUCCAACUUGAGCAGUCCAGCAUUGGAUGCAUACAUUCUAUGUAUUUUUCUCCUGGUAGACAAGGUCCAUGUAUAUUCAGGUAGCCCCUUGAAUGCUUCAAAGUUUGGUACAAACAAUUUUGGUCAGAAGAUCGUGCAUGUAUUAUUGAUGACAUAAGAGUGCUGAAUUAAUGAGAUUUUUUUUACGUGGUGGUUACUGAUAUGCUCCGUCUUUGUUGUGACAUUGUUUUUCAGCAGCGUGGAGGAUCCAAAAGCAUAAAAUUAAAUUGCCCAUUGUAUUCAAUUUUCUUACACAUAUAUUGCCGUUUUUUCUGUUUGAUUUUGACCAACCAGAUGACGGUUUAAGCCAAUUUAAUCCUUGUUUUAGAAUCUUCGUUUCCUCUCCAGAUACUCUUCUCUUCUCUUGAUAAAUUGAUUAAUAAUUUGAUUGUAGGCAUGAAAUCUUAAUAAUCAAGUGAUUCCACUCUCCACAUUUCUCAUUAAACCAUGUAUAUAAACCACUCUCUCUCUCUCUUGCUCUCUACUUUUCAGGCUUCAGUCUUCCCGCUCGGCUUGGUUUCCUUCCUUUUCUUCAAUUUUCCUUUUUCUCCUUCUAUCCCUUGUAUCCCCGUCCGCGGUCACCCGAGCCAGGUGGGGUGUAAUGAUGGUUACCCCAGUUAUCUUUCUUCUAA